AACCAGAAAAUGGCAUUCCUUACCAGUCUUGUCCUGUGCCUUCUUGGAAUCAUCUUCUCUAAUCCUUUUCUAGGAGCUGAGGCCGACACCUGCGCCAGGGAGUGGCUUCAAAACCAGGGCAACUGCUAUGCGUAUUUCGAUCAACCGCUGUCAUGGCAAGAGGCUGAGAUUGAGUGCCAGAGCUACGGGCGAGGAGCCCACCUUGCCUCUGUCCUUACAAAGGCAGAGACGCUUCUGGUGGCUGAACACAUCUCCACUUACCAGCAACAACCAAGUAAUGUCUGGAUUGGGCUCCAUGAUGUCCGUCAGACCAGGAAAUGGAGAUGGGCUGAUGAGUCCACCUACAAUUACAAGGCCUGGAUGAACGGUCAGCCAGACAACUACCGUCAGAAUGAGCACUGUGUGGAGCUGCGGUUUUCUACAGGUUUCACACAGUGGAACGAUGCUGAGUGCAAGAAACGGAACGCCUACAUCUGCAAGCACGAACUCUAAUUGCACCCGGUGAUACCUGCUGGGAGAUUGGAUUGGUGGACAUCCCUCCCUCUAAUAACAUCAUCUCCUCCUCCAUCAUGCAAAACAAAAGAGGCAGCUG